ACUCAGAUCAUGUACAAAUGGAUUGAACCCAAGAUCUGCAGAGAGGAUCUUCCUGAUGCAUUGACCCUACCUCCUUCUGGAGAGAGGAAGGAUUGUCCACCCUGCAAUCCUGGCUUUUACAACAACGCCUCGUCUUCCUGUACUCCUUGCCCACCAGGCACCUUUUCAGAUGGGACACAGGAGUGCAAAGCCUGCCCUGCUGGUACUGAACCAGCUCUUGGGUUUGAGUACAAGUGGUGGAAUAUCCUGCCAGGCAACAUGAAGACGUCUUGCUUUAAUGUUGGCAACUCAAAGUGUGAUGGGAUGAACGGUUGGGAGGUGGCUGGUGAUCACAUCCAGAGCGGGGCAGGAGGCUCUGACAAUGACUAUCUUAUCUUGAACCUGCACAUCCCGGGAUUUAAACCUCCGACAUCGGUGACAGGAGCAACUGGGUCAGAACUAGGACGGAUUACUUUUAUUUUUGAGACCAUCUGUUCAGCAGAUUGCGUGCUGUACUUUAUGGCGGAUGUUAAUCGAAAAAAUACCAAUGUGGUGGAAUCGUGGGAAAGAAGUAAAGAGAAACAAUCCUACACCCACAUCAUCUCCAAAAACGCUUCCUUCACGUUCACCUGGGCCUUUCAGAGAAUAAACGAGGGCCAAGAUAGCAGACAGUUCAUCAAUGACAUGGCAAAGAUCUACUCCAUCACGGUGACCAACGCAGUGGAUGGAGUCGCCUCUUCUUGUCGGGCCUGUGCGCUGGGCUCCGAGCAAUCUGGCUCAUCCUGCGUGCCCUGCCCGGCAGGACACUACAUUGAGAAGGAGACCAGCCAGUGCAAGGAGUGUCCAGCCAAUACCUUCCUGUCCAUUCACCAGGUCUCUGGCAGGGAGGCCUGCAUCCCGUGUGGGCCUGGCAGCAAGAGCACCAAGGACCACUCUGCCUGCUUCAGUGACUGCCUGUUGUCAUAUGUCAAGGAUAACCAGAGCCUGAAUUAUGAUUUUGGCAACCUCAGCCAGGUAGGCUCGUUGAUGAGCGGACCCAGCUUCACCUCCCGAGGGACCAAGUUCUUCCACUUCUUUAACAUCAGCCUGUGUGGGAAUGAGGGGAAGAAGAUGGCUAUUUGUACUGACAAUAUCACAGAUGUUACUCUGAAGGACAUGGUUGCAGAAUCAGAAGAUUUUUCCAAUUUUGUGGGAGCUUUUGUCUGUCAGUCCACCAUCAUCCCAUCGGACAGCAAGGGUUUCCGAACAGCCCUGGCUCUGCAGUCCAACAGCCUUGCUGACAGGUUCUUAGGAGCUACUGUUGAAACAAUGCUGGAAAAUGUCAGCAUCAAGACAGAUAUGUUUCCUCCCUCUCCAAGCAAAAUACCUGAUGUGCAUUUCUUUUACAAAUCUUCAACAGUGACAACCUCCUGUGAAAAUGGCCGUGCAACUGUUGUGACAAUGAGAUGCAACCCUAACAAACCAGACCAAGGAGAACUUUCUGUGCCCAGCUCAUGUCCCGCGGGCACCUGUGAUGGAUGCACUUUCUACUUUGUAUGGGAAAGUGCAGAAGCUUGCCCUCUCUGCACGGAGCAAGACUACCACGAGAUUGAGGGAGCCUGCAAAAAAGGAUUUCAGGAAACCUUGUAUGUAUGGAAUGAGCCAAAGCAUUGCAUUAAAGGGGUUCCCUUGCCAGAAAAAAGGACCAGCACAUGUGAAACAGUGGAUUUUUGGCUAAAAGUUGGAGCUGGUGUUGGUGCUUUCACAGCCGUUCUGCUCAUAGCCUUGACCUGUUAUUUUUGGAAAAAGAACCAGAAGCUGGAGUAUAAAUAUUCCAAAUUAGUGAUGACAGCGAACUCAAAAGAGUGUGAGCUGCCAGCUGCUGACAGCUGUGCUAUAAUGGAAGGAGAAGACAAUGAAGAAGAAAUAGUAUAUUCAAAUAAGCAGUCACUGCUAGGGAAGCUCAAGUCCUUGGCAACAAAGGAAAAGGAAGAUCAUUUUGAAUCUGUUCAGCUGAAAUCUUCAAGAUCCCAGAAUAUAUGAAGAAUUAAUGCUGCCUUCAAAGAAACAAACCUAAUUUCUAUUUUUACAGGACCAUGUUUUAAACAUAUUCUGGCACACAUUAUAGUGGUGAUCUUUGUGAGAAAUGCUUGGCCAUUUAGGAGGAAAGAAGACAGGAAGCAAACCAGAAAAUUGGAUUGCCUUACCAUGUGAUUGAGUACCUUGCCAAAAAAGAAAGCAGAGACUUGGAUUCC